AUGGGUUGCUCAUCGUCUACGGCUGAUGUCAAACGAGGCGGGUACUCUAACGGGAAGCUGCCCGAGCCUAGUGCUCCACCACCGCCUGACCCUCGUCUCCCUCUCACCGCCAGACAGAAGUUCAGCCUCGAAAAAUCGUGGAAAGCUGUUCAGAGGAAUAUGGAAGAGGUCGGAAUGAACACACUAUUAAGGUUAUUUAAAGAGGACCCCAGUAUACAAGACCUCUUCCCAUCGUUUAAAGGACAGACCGAACAUCAGCUUCGGAACGACAUGGGCUUCGAGAACCAGGCUGUGAUGAUCCUCAACAUCUUUGACGAGGUGGUCGAGCAGCUCAAUAACCUUGAUGCUGCAAUAUCUUUAUUGACGAAGACGGGCAAGAAACACUCAAUGAUAGACCCAGAUAUGAUGAUGAAAUUCGAGAAGCCCUUCUUGGAGACGGUGAAGGAGACGCUAGAAGAUCGGUACAACGAAAAGAUCGAGGCGAUCUACAUCACAUUCACCAAAUUCGUCUUAGAUCACGUGAUCACAGGGAUGAAAGGGACGUAGCACGAAAGAAUGUGUGCGUUAAUGUAUAUAACCGACAUUUUCCUUUUGAUACAAGAGGUUUCAUAUUUUGGUCACAUGAUAUAAAGAGGAAUCAUGUGACAAGACAACGUGAUUAUGUGAUGUAUUGCUGCUCGCGGAUGGGAUAUUCGUUAUGAGAAAUGAGAACACUCAUAAACUGGCUACUCAAAGAGUAGAAUCUUUUUUAAAAGGUACAAUCCAUCAUGAUCUGCUCAAGAUAGUGUGUGCUGAUGAUGAGGGUAUCAUUUUAUACAAAUCAGAGACAAAUGAAGGAAAUUCCGACCCGCAUGACUGACACACCUUACCGACGUCAUUAUAUAUGUGUGGACUAUUUCAAUGAUGAUUACAUCUACUGGAGUACUGGACCAGCGAAAAUCAUGAGAACGGAGUAUUCCACACCGCCAUUGCAAGCACAUGAAAGGAGAAACUUUAUACAUUCUUCGUAUAUUGAACAACCAUGAACCAUAACUUUAUAAGACCUGUCUUUGAAAUGUAUAGCCAACAACACAAUCAUUCAUGAGAAUAAAUCGUGCACUUAUUUGACACGUGGCAAUGGUUAUCAACUAAGCCAAUGCUAUGAGCUCACAUUAAAGUCAGAAGUGUUGGCUGUUAGUGCCAUUAUUUAUUUAUUUUAAUCCACAGACAACCUUUGAUAACAUCAUCUAUUUCUAUAUCAACCUACAACAGUGAAUAUAAUUUAUACAUUUGAAUUAUGAUGAAUUGUAUUUUAACAUGAGGAGCGCAAGUAUCACAUGGUCAUCUUGAAAUUGGCAAUUUGAAUAUACAAUCAUCAAUGUAACAUUCAGUUAACUUUUUUAACCUAUUAUUUUAAAAGAUAUUUCAAAAGGUAUUUGUUCGAGAAAGUACUUGCAAUUCGUGUUUUGAAGAUUAUUGGCCUUCGAAACUUAUUUAAUUUGCUUAAGUUGAUAGGCCUAUUCUUUUGUGAUGUAUUAAUAUGUUAAUAUGAAUGCAAACAAAGUUGAGAUGAAUUAAUCUUCAAAAUGCGUUUGAUUUAUGCCGAAUUCCAUCAAUGUAUAAUUGAUUUUUAUAUCAUUGAGAAUGAGACGGGCUCUGCUUAGUUUAUUGAUGGACUUUAAGUGAUAAUCCAAGCGUUUCAUGAGUCUCUGAAAGACAGGAGGUUGUAAGAACUGUAACAUACUUCCCAUUGAAGAAACCUAGACAGGUUAGCACAUAACCGGGUUCUUGUUUGUUUGUUUGUUUAUUUGUUAUGGAUUGCAUUUAGCUUGUUUUGUGUCUUGUAUUUUGAAAUGAGAUCAGACUGAAAUGAGGGAACUGGUAGUUUAUGGCCCAAGUAUAAAUCAAUUUUAAAAAAGCUAGACCAAAUCAAAUCAAAAGCCCCACUAUAAAAAUACAACAUGCGCUAUAUCCACCAAACAAAGUAAUAAGAAAAUUAUCACUGUGUUUCACUUGGCACCAUUGAAUCAGUUGUUACUAGGCAAACAGAAAAUAAACUGUGUGCCGCAGCCGUUAUUAAUCAGGGCUCGCUUAAAUUGUUCGAAAUUUCGUUUUGCAAAAAAAGCAGGGUUCCCGCGCAAUAUUUGUAUCGAUACACGAACAUAGAUGUCAAAGAAGUCAAUAAUUACAAACAUGAAUUAAACAAAUGCGGCGACCUUACGCCCUUGCUUGUUUACGAUUUUCAACACAAAGGUUUACAACAUUUUUUGUCUUCGAAUCGAAAGAAAUUGAUUGCCCUUGGGAGAUAAUGACACAAUUUUAUAAUGAUCGAUAUUUUGACGGGUAUUUUGUUUGUCUGUAGUACAUUUUUGCAAUAAUACCUCUGGCAUUGAUAAAGGUUGCUUUUCCUAUAAUAAUGCAGAAAAAUUAUGUAAAAGAUCUUUGAUCAAUUUCCAACAUGAAAACAUAUUUAUUUGUUGAAAACCGUGGACAAAUGUUAAUACAUGUACUUCAUGAAAUCUAUUUGUAUAGCGGUGUUUCUAAACACAGGUGUUAUACUUACAUGUCAAGUUAAUUUGUAAUUGAUUGAAUUAAAGUAUCAUAUGCAUGAAUUUCUAUAACUCUGGAAGAUUUUAAAGUAAUGAUUAUCGUGAUUUCAAGAACCUAUGGAAUAUUUCUGAGAAAUGUUUUUGUCAAGAAACAUUUACUGAUGCCUGUGAGCGUUCGGCUUCACGUGCUACUGAUUUAGGGUUUAUAUUAUUGUGAGCGUUUAAAGCUUUACGUUUUGCAAGCCUAAGUAGCCUAAGAGAAUAAGAACUUGCUUAUGAGAGAUUUAAAUAAGUUGAUUAAAAUUAAAGCUCUUGCCGGUUUUUUCAAUGCAGGUUUAAAGCAUUUAAUAUAAUAUACAGUGUUUCGUCGAAUUCGGUCAUACCGCAUGUUUCUCUUUAAAAAAAAAAUACAAUUCAUAUUCCUGUAAUUGGGCUGUUAUGUUAAAGAAUGAUCGCUCCAGUUUUUCAUUUACUUUAUCUUCAAACGACAUCAAUACAAUACGGUUUAUCGAUAUCACAACGCUGUGAAGGAUAUCGUUGGUUAAAGAUAAUGGAAGGAAGCUUGUUUAAAGGAAAACUUGAUUUAUUUGUGUCGAUUAAAUUUGUUUAGGCCCAUAGAAGGGAAGUGGAAUGGCCUUUCAACUGGUCUCCAAUGAUUCGUUGUCAUGUAAAGAUAUAAAGAGAAUGAUUAUUAGAAAUUUGGUGUAUGCAGUACUUUAGUUUCAUAUAUAUACGUUUGAUUAAAUUAUAUUGUUUGUUCUUGUUUUGACGCUUAAACUGUAUAGUUUGAUGAUAAAGUUGUGCUUUAUAAGUAAACACAAGGUUCCUAGUCAUGUAAACUAAUUUGAAACUAAUUUAAUACAUUCUAUAGGUUAUGUUUAUGUGUUAUCUUUUUUUAAAUAACACAUUGAAAUUUGCUUUAGAAUUAGAUUGUCCUAUGGCUCUAAGGCAAUAAAAGACAACAUUCCAUUAACCAUGUAAGAGCAAAGUUUUUCCUUUUUAUCCGUAUUCAUUAAUGAGCUACUUACAAUUUCACCAUUUAAAAAAGUCCUCUUUUUUUAAAAUUUACUUUUACUAAUUCAGUCUCGAGUAAAGUAUCUUCAACGGAGAAAAAACUCUAGGAGUUAGAAAAAUAAAAUAAAAUAGCACAGUACAUGCGGUUAAACAGGUUGUAUAUCUUUUUUAAUCAUUUCAUGAAAGGAGAUAUUUGUCGCCUAUUCAACAUCGAUGUUAUCUGAUGGUCUCUAAUUUGGUGAGCGCCAUCUGCUGUCCACAUUUUCCCGUCACAGUUUUCACCUGUGAUGCCCAUGUAAUGCCUCUAAAAUCAUAUAUUAACCCUCCCACUAUCUCUCCCUCUCUCUCUUUCUCUCUCUUUCUCUCUCUCUCUCUAUCUCUCCCACUCACUUCUCACUCCCUCUCUGUUUAUGUUUAAUGUGGCACACUUUUGAUUGUAUUUCAUUUGUUCCCGUGAAUGACAUAUAUUUUAGGGGCAUCUAACAUCUCAUUUGUAAAAGAAAGCAAGUGUUAGGAUAUCUUAUAUAUUAUAGGCUGAAUCAAUUCUUGACAUAUUACAAAAUAAUCGAAGUGUAGUGCGAAAUCCCAAAUUCUUGCUCGACGGGUAGCUGUGACUCAUAAAGAUUUUUGAAUUUGUAGAAACAAUAAAUCCAUCGGAAAAAUCUUUUUAUGAUAUUGCUCUUAUCUCAACUGUCUUUUAAAUGGUAUAGGCCCAUCUUAAUUAUCAAUAUGUCGGUGUUAUUGUGAUCCAAUACUACUUUGUUUCCAUUAGAGAUCUCACAUCAUGAUGUUUUACUUUACUUAUGAUAAUAUUGUUUUUUACAAUAUUAUUACUGAAUUUAUUAUGAUAUUAAUUAGACCAUCGAUAAUGGAUAGACUAGUUAAACUUUACAUUUAAAAUUUCGAAAUUCAUGGUUCUUCCAAGAACCACUAGUAACAAACUGUUCGCAUAUUGUGCAUUGUAGCAUUUAUGUAAAUGGGGUACAUGUUGGCCUAUAAGUUGUUGUUGUUGUUAGUAUAGAAUAGGGCAAACUAAAACAUCGUCAAGAGCAACCCUUUGUUUGAGAAAUUUCGAAUUUUUGAUUUGUCGAAGGAAAUCAACAUUAAGAUUUAAAUAGUUUCUAUACAAUAAUAUUAGAGGCUAUCUACUGGAUAUUCCCACAGAGUCAAAUACUAAGAAUCUACAUACAUUGCGCCUGAUUAUUUUUCUGUGACAUGAUUAUAGUAGUGAUGUCAAUAAAGAAUAUAAUAUAUGAUAGAUAGAAAACAUAUAUUUUUCUUCUCUAACCGUUACCUCUUUAUUCAAGUUUCAUGUUUCUUCUUCCAUUCAGGCAGCGAAAUACUGUAUUUGUUUACUCCAUUCCGUGUUCAACCAUUUCAAUUUUCUUAGAUACAAUCGUUUCCUUUUCUUCCUGUUCUCAUAAUCCUGUAUAUAGCAAAUAUAUCUGUAUAUGGCUUUGCAUAAUGUACAAAAGAAACUUUUGUAUAUAUAUAAAGAAACACUGUGUGAAUAAAAAAUACAUUUGUU